UCUGAUUUCACAGUCAGAACUCACCAUGAUCCUGCUGGGCCGCAUGCUGUGCCUUCCCUCUCCAGCCACCGUGCAGGAGCUGUUCUCUGUGGCUCGCGAUGCCAGCAUCCUUCCUGACAUCUCCCUGGAUCCCGUCCUCACCUCCUUCCUGUCGCUGGAUUCCAGCGCUGCGCUGCAGCAUCACUUUGACUUCUUACAGAGGGGCAUGAGCCCACAGCAGCAGACGGCGUUCAAUCUCAACCUGACUGCUGCCGUGGGGGGCAGCAGGGUCACUUAUGGAGGAGUAGGGGUUGUUGCUUUGGCGCUCUCCAUGCUUUUUGAUGUGGUUGCACAGCAAGUCAGAGCACAGCAACCAGCUCAUCUAACAACUCAGAGAUCCAAAGCUAAGAAAUGUUUGGGAAUCAGCACGUCUUCCAGGAUCGGCUUGAUAAUCCACAGAUACCUCAGCGUCAUCCCUGGCAUCGCCAACAAUCAGGAUGACAUGGCCGAGACCACAGAGCUCUACGAUGACUGGCUGAACCGAGAGCUGCUGGACCACUAUGAGAGGAUGAUGAACAAGAAGAGGAUGAGCACCGAAUCCAUGCAGCAGUGGCUGACAGGAGCUGCGUUUCAUCUGCACAUGAGGAUCCACCAGAUACGUCUUCAGUCUGUGCCUUUAGGAUCAGCACAGUCAUUCCGUUUGUCCUACAAGACCAGCUUAGGGCAUCUGAUAAAGAAGUACACAUCCUACCUGCGCACAAACAUCCAAGAAGUUGCACCUCCACAAACAAAAAAACCCUCAACCAAAGCAGACAGUAAAACUAAACCUACAAACUUGACCCACAGAACAACCACUUUGGAUCUCUCCAAUAGCCUCCAUUGCAAUGUUAGUCUGGUAACUGGAGCCGUUAACGAUUCUAGAAGAAUCAAUGUGACGGAAAACAGAAGCUGUGAAACGGACAGCUUUGAUAAAACCUUAAGAGACACAAAUACUACUGAAGGAGCAGGGAACAGCCGGGAAACUUCUGCUGUUCAUGACAGUCAGGAGGACAAGAACAGUCAGGGUCUGUUGAUCAUUGAGCCUCUAAGGAACAUUAGUCACAGUGUGCGGCAUCACCCGUGUGAGUCUCAAGCCAUCCAGGAGGCUUUGGUGGUUCGUAUCAUGAAUGCUCAGGACCUGGAGCGCAGCAGAAACUUUUUCCUUUCCCCUGAGAACGUCUUCCAGAGUCUGCUCAGACAGACGGACGACUUUGAGCUCAAAAAAGAAUAAUCUAAAGUCAAUAAUGGGCUUCAUUCAAAGUGUUGCUGAUCAUUUAUGUCUGAUGAAUGAUGUAAA